UGACAUGAGACAACACAGACAAUUUGUUGAUUAAAAUUAAUUUAGUGUUUCGACUAAGAACCAGUUUCCUAAGGCUAUAUAUCCUUUCACCUCCGAACGAAUAAACGAAACGAAAAUGUCUGAAAAUAGUAGCCCAAUUAAAUACUUUUUAAGUGGUGGAUUUGGUGGUGUUUGCACGGUUUUAGCUGGCCAUCCCAUGGACACUGUAAAAGUAAGACUACAGACUAUGCCAGUGCCGCAAUCCGGGGAGAUUGCCAUGUACGCUGGCACAUAUGACUGCUUUAAAAAGACAAUACAGAAAGAAGGAUUCAGAGGACUGUAUAAGGGUAUGUCGGCACCCUUAACUGGGGUAGCUCCAAUUUUUGCUAUUAGUUUCUUUGGUUUCGGACUCGGUAAGAAACUAAUUAAAAGAGACGAAGAUCAAGUUUUAUCAAAAGUGGAACUGUUUGCUGCUGGUGCUUUCUCUGGUAUUUUCACUACAUCCAUAAUGGCACCAGGGGAGCGCAUCAAGUGUCUACUUCAGAUUCAACAGGGUGGCAAUGUACCACAAAAAUACACAGGCAUGGUUGACUGUGCCAGGCAGCUUUACGCUGAGGGUGGUAUGAGGAGCAUAUACAAGGGCAGUGUGGCCACGAUACUAAGAGAUGUGCCUGCCAGUGGUAUGUACUUCAUGACUUAUGAAUGGGUCAAAGAAGUUCUGGUCCCCCAAGACGCCAGUGCUAAACUUAAGAUGAUGGCAACAAUAGUUGCUGGUGGUUGUGCUGGAAUAGCUAACUGGCUGGUAGGCAUGCCGGCCGAUGUAUUGAAGAGCAGACUGCAAACAGCUCCUGAAGGAACAUAUCCUAAUGGCAUGAGGGAUGUAUUUAGACAGCUCAUGGAAAGGGAAGGUCCUACUGCUUUAUACAAAGGAGUGACACCUGUCAUGCUCAGAGCUUUCCCUGCCAAUGCAGCAUGUUUUGUAGGAUUUGAACUUGCUGUGAACUUCCUCAACUGGGUGGCCCCUAACCUUUGAUAUCUGUCAAAUGUGUUUAUAGAGCAAAAUAAUACUAGUAUCAUAGUUAGUUUAUAAGGAAAAGUAGAUGAAGUUGUAAGUCAUAAACAUGUAUUUUAUGUAUAGUAAAAUAAAAACGAAUAUAUUUUUGUUAUGAUCACUACAAAGUUCUCAAGUAAAAGAAUUUAAUUCAUGACAUAGUUUUUAUGAUUAUUUAAAUGCAGUGGCGCACAAAAGCAAUAUGAUGCCUCUUCUGAAAAUGUAUUAUAUUUAUAAGUAUUAUUAUAACAGGUUGUUAUACAUCUGUAAAAAGAUUAUGUGCAAUGCCUUUCAAAGCAAAUAAUAAAUAUAUUUUUUCAAGCAA